AUGUUCAAGGUUCUCUCCUUUGCCGCCGUCGCCAUUGCGGCUGUCUCUGCUGCGGUCGUUCCCCGCGCUGCUGUCCCGACUACUGUUGGCACGGUUCAGACCGGUGGCUAUGCUACUUACUACUACCAGUUCGGCGGCUAUGGAGCGUGCGGCAACAUCAAUCCCGACAGCGCGAUCAUCGUUGCUCUCCAGUCGGCGCGCUACGACUCGUCGCUUUGCGGCCACACCGUCUCCAUCACGAACGUGAACAAGGGCAUCACUAUCCAGGCUGUUGUCGCGGACAACUGCCCCGGCUGCAGGAACUCCGAGUCGCUCGACCUCUCCGUCGGCGCGUGGACGGCUAUCGGUCAGAGCGAGGCGGACGGCACUGGUGUGCCCAUCACCUGGACCCUCCUCAACUAA